CAUCUGCAGGAGAAAUCCACAUGUAUCUCUAACCCCAGGCAGCCCAAAGACUCAAAGAACUUCACGUUUGAUUACUCCUACUGGUCACACACCUCGGUGGAGGACCCAUGCUUUGCCUCCCAGAGGCAGGUGUACCUGGACAUUGGUGAGGAGAUGCUGCUGCAUGCCUUCGAGGGCUAUAACGUGUGCAUCUUUGCCUAUGGCCAGACGGGGUCGGGGAAGUCCUACACCAUGAUGGGCAAGCAGGAGCCCGGGCAGCAGGGCAUCAUUCCACAGCUAUGUGAGGAUUUGUUCAAGCGCAUUGUGGACAAUGUUGACCCAGACGUGUCCUUCUCAGUGGAGGUGUCAUACAUGGAGAUCUACUGUGAGCGUGUGCGAGACCUGCUGAACCCAAAGAGCAAAGGGCCGCUGCGAGUGCGUGAGCACCCAAUCAUGGGGCCUUACGUGGAGGACCUCUCCAAGAUGGCCGUCACCAACUACAGUGAUAUCGCUGACCUCAUGGACUGUGGCAACAAGGCCAGGACUGUGGCUGCCACAAACAUGAAUGAGACGAGCAGUCGCUCGCAUGCAGUCUUCACCAUCCUCUUCACACAGCGCAGACACGACCAGAUGACUAACCUGGACACUGAGAAGGUGAGUAAGAUCAGCCUGGUUGACCUGGCGGGAAGUGAAAGAGCCGACUCGACGGGAGCAAAAGGCAUGAGGUUAAAGGAAGGUGCCAAUAUCAACAAGUCACUGACCACACUGGGGAAGGUCAUCUCUGCUCUGGCUGAAAUGCAAAGCACUAAGAAGAGGAAGUCGGAUUUCAUUCCUUACCGAGAUUCUGUGCUAACAUGGCUUCUGAGGGAGAAUUUAGGUGGUAACUCGCGAACAGCCAUGAUUGCUGCUCUUAGUCCAGCUGAUAUCAACUAUGAUGAAACACUGAGCACACUCAGGUAUGCAGACAGGGCCAAGCAGAUCCGCUGCAACGCUGUCAUUAACGAGGACCCCAACCAUCGCCUGGUGCGAGAGCUCAAGGAGGAGGUCAACCGACUCAAAGAGCUGCUCCUCGCCCAGGGCCUUAGCGAGCUCAUUACUGCCCCAGGCCCGGAUGGCAACAGUUUGGCUCGGGUCAUUGCCGGCUCCUCCAGUGCCAUGGAAGUCUCCGAUUCCCAUCAGCCACCUCUGUCAGACCCCACGUCGCCCCUCGAGGCCCCCACGGAAGAGCAGGGCCCCCACGGACCCAUCAGCAAGGAGGAGGCCGUGGAGAGACUCAAGGAAACAGAGAAGAUCAUCGCUGAGAUGAACGAGACCUGGGAGGAGAAACUCAGGAAAACCGAGGCCAUCCGACAGGAAAGAGAGUCCCUGCUGGCAGAGAUGGGCGUGUCCAUCCGCGAGGACGGAGGAACGGUGGGGGUCUUCUCUCCUAAAAGAACUCCUCAUCUGGUGAACUUGAAUGAAGAUCCACUGAUGUCCGAGUGUCUGAUCUACUACAUUAAGGAUGGGCUGACCAGGGUGGGUCAGAACGAGGUGGACAUCCGUCUGAGUGGUCAGUUUAUCAAAGAGCAGCACUGCAUCUUCGGCAGCAGAGUCACUGAAUCAGGAGAAGUGGAAGUGACCGUGCAGCCUCUGGACGGGGCGGAGACGUAUGUCAACGGCAAGCAAAUUACAGAGCCGGUGGUGCUCAAACAAGGCAACAGGGUGGUGAUGGGCAAGAAUCAUGUGUUCCGAUUCAACCACCCGGAGCAGGCGCGGCAGGAGCGCGAGCGCAACGCGGCCCAGGACCAGCAGGGGGAGCAGGCGGACUGGAGCUAUGCCCAGAGAGAGCUCCUGGAGAAGCAGGGCAUCGACAUAAAACAGGAGAUGGAGAAAAGGCUUCAGGAUCUGGAGAAUCAGUACCGCAAAGAGAAGGAGGAGGCAGACCAGAUACUGGAACAACAGAGACUGUAUGCAGACUCUGACAGCGGGGACGACUCCGACAAGCGCUCCUGUGAGGAGAGCUGGAGGCUCAUCUCCUCCCUCCGAGAGAAGCUACCAGCCAACAAGGUGCAGUCCAUAGUGAAGAAGUGUGGCCUGCCCAGCAGUGGGAAGCGCCGAGAGCCCCUACGCGUCUACCAGAUCCCACAGCGGCGCCGCAUCCACAUGGACCCCAAGCACCUGACGAUGGACGACCUGCGCACGCAGGCGGUCAAGGAGAUCUGCUACGAGGUGGCGCUGGGCGACUUCCGCCACACGCGGCAGGAGAUCGAGGCCCUGGCCAUCGUGCGCAUGAAGGAGCUGUGCCGCACCUACCGGCAGCGCGACCCACAGGAGCGCGACAGCUGGCGCAGCGUGGCCCGCGACGUGUGCGACACGGUGGGCAUCGGCGAGGAGGAGACGGGCGAGCGGGCGGUGGAGAUGGUGGAGGGGAGCUCGGGAGGUGGAGGCGGCGGAGGAGGAGGUGGUGUUGGAGGAGGGGGGAAAUUGGAGCGCACGAAGGCGGAUAUGGUGGACCUGAAGGCGCACAUCGACAAGCUGACGGACAUCCUGCAGGAGGUGAAGCUGCAGAACAACAUGAAGGACGAGGAGAUCCGCUCGCUCAGGGACCGCAUGGUCAAGAUGGAGAAGGUCAUCCCUGGACUGGGUGACACUGGCAUGGAGGAGUCUGACCCAAUCAGAGAGGAAGAGGUGAGUUGCCCCAUCGGCAGGCGGAUGGAGAUGGAAGAUGGAGGCUACCGCCGUGGCCGUCACCGCUGGCAACACCCUGAGCAGCAUCAGGACCCCAAGCGCCAGUGCAGGGUCCUCGGGGGCCCUCCCAACGCUCCUUUCAUCCCCAACCCCAGUCCCCGGGGCCCGCCUAACCCUUUCGGUAACCCCAUCGGGGCCCCGCCCAACGGCCCCUUCCUGCCAGGCACCGGUCGUUUCCUCCCCCCGCUGGAGCGAAAGCUGCAGUUCCCCUUUAAGAACAACCCCCAGCACCGGGCCUUCAUCUGGGGCCCCACCUCAGGCCCCCCGGGGUCGGGCGAGGGGACCAACGACGGCCCACUGGAGCAGGCCUCACUCGCAGACUCUGUGCCCUCGUUCCAGGCCUCCCACGCCCCCCAGGACGGUUCGGGACCCUGGGGUCAGGGGCACAACAACUACCGCCAGCAGCAGCAGCGCCGCAACCACCAACACAACCAUGGCAACCGCAACCACCACGGCAACCAGCGCAACAACCGCCAGCGCUCCCGCCAGAAGGGACGCAAUCCCUUUGACGGCUACGUGGAGCGGGCCAACGAACAGGCCGGGCAGAACCGCAACGGCAACCCAAACCAGGGCUUCCACCCGCAGCCACAGCAGCAGCAGCAGCAGCAGCAGCAGGGGGGCAGGAUGCGGUACAGCUGGCACAACGCAGGCUCAGACCUCCAGGACAAGCAGGCCGGCGUCAACAGCCAGAACUGGAGGGGAGGGGAGGAGGGCCAGCAGCGGCCCAGCGAGAGGCCUCGCGGUGGGGGGAGCCCCAGAGGGCCACCGGCUCAGGAGGCAGCCAAGAGGAACAGUAGAGCUGAGGAGCCCAUGGAGGCUUAAGGGAGGAAUGAGUGGAAGGAAUGAAUGGAAGAAGGAAAGAAAGCGGGAGAGACGUCUCAUUUUUUUUGUAUUCAAAUUCCACAAAUAUUUCUCUGGGAUACACGCAUACACCACUCAAAUGCAGACACACACACACACACACACACACACACACACACACACAUACACACGCUCUGUUCUAGGUGCUGAGAUUUUUUGCUCCGAGGGCAGUAUGUGCUCACAGGCAAGCACUUGCACUUAUUGGAAAUAUCCCUGAGGGGGUUUGACAUGGAAACACUUUUAGUGCAAUAACGCUGCGCUUGAUUUUAUACCACAUUUUGACAGAAUCAUUGUGUUCUUGACUGUGUUGAUAAAUGUGCCUGAUCCGAAACAACCCUUUAGAGGAUCACAACAGGACCUUACUCACUGUGCUGUAUAUGUUUGUGCCUUUCUGCAGCCUCUAUAUAAUACCCACAAUUGUGCCCUGUAUUUAUAGUUAUACAGUGGGGAUUUGUUCUGGUAUAUUGGAACAUUUUAUACAAUGUACAUAUUCAAUGUUUGUACAUGGAGGGAUGGAUUUGCCAUAGGUUUUUAAUACCAUAUAAACCAUGGGGUAUACUUUAUAUAUUUGGUAUACCGUUAGGUUGUGUAUAUUAUUAUAUAAACUGCAAAUAUUGAGGCAUAAGCUGCUAUGAUUGACUGCUGUUGCGGUUAUGAAAACUGACAUAUUUACCUGCUGAAACAGCCAAAGAAUUUCACCCAGGGGCAAAGAGACCCUGACUGCACAUAAACAAGGAGGAACACCUGGUCAGGCACAGGAAUGCGUAGGUCAGGCAGGCAGGUUGGACUGCUGUAUGUGAUGGAUGUGUUCACUCGAGAACUUUAGUCUUGUUGAGAGAAGGCUUAUGUGUGGUUGUGAAUGAUUUGUAUAUUUUGUAUUUUUUUUGCCUUCCCAUUUUAAUCAUUUUACUCCCCCCCCCCUGCUUUCAUUGUGUGGGUGAUGAAUGGCAGCAUUCCACAAGACAAAGCUUCAGAAAUCUGUCAGGAAGGCAUCAGAAACAAUGAAAAGCCAAAUACAUGAUGCGCUGUUGGAUAAAUUAAGUUAGACAUCAUGGAGAGUGCAACAGUGCAAGUGUGGCAAAGGAAGUUUUUUUUUUUGUUUGUUUAAGGACAAACACUCAGUCAUGAAGCUAUGAGUGUGACUGAGAUUAAGGGCUAACAGUUGUAGGGUUUUUUUUUUUUUUUUCACAUUUUAACAAUCUUUUCCAUUGUACAAUACAAUAUGCAAUACAAUCACAAGGAGAUAAAUUGUAUUUUUAAGAGAAGAUAAUUGAUGUAAUAUAGAUUUUGUGUGAGGUAACAUCAAUCCCCUGCAAAAGAUUAAAAUAGACAAAACAUGAAUAUUGUUUGCUCAUAUUAUUAAUAAUAAAAUAAACAAUAUCUGUGUAUCAAUA